AUGGAGUCAACGAACCAAAACUCAAAUAACCGCCCGGAUCCAAGUCACGACUCCUCCACCGAUCAGUCCCCGCAGUCUGAAAGAAGCCUCGAGGAUCUCGAAUACUAUCGGGUCUUCCUCGAACAACUGCUGAGUCUCGUCUGCCACGGCGAUCAGGCCACCGUAGCUCGGAUGGUGUCCCUCAUCCGCUCUGGCGCCUCGCAGCAGGAGAUCUUCGCUGCCUUGUCUCAGGAAACUGGGGUAGCGGGACCUCACGACCAGACCAAGACUGGACAUUGA